AGGGGCCACCUUGUGGUAAAACAUAGUGCUGUCCACUUACAGAUUAACAGUCACGGCAGGGCUCAAAUGAACAAGCUACAUUUGAGGCAAAGAAAAAAUCCAAACAUCACAGUGGAUUAUGACCAUUUCGGAAGUGUUUUUCUGUGAUAAUAAAUAGGGACGUCUCUGCGCAGCCUAUCGGAUUCCGGGAUGCAAUACGCAUCCAAAUGAAAAGAACGCCAGUCCUUUCGCUAAUCCUUGUCUAUCCUUUUUAUCUCGGGACUCAUAGCAGUCGGAUCACUAUGGGACAGCGAAGCGGUGGGACAAAGCCAUGCGGAUGAUAUUCCUGUAAAUGAAAGGAAAAAGCAAGUCUGUUUGACUUCAGUGGGCGCAAACUGGGCGCAUGUAGGCAAAGCUGCGUAUGCGUAAAAGUGGGCCAAAAUGUUCCUCGUCCUGCUCCUGGGGCUCUACGUGGCCACAGGUGAGCUCCUCUCCCCAGUGAGCUCCUGCCCGUCGCAGUGCAGCUGUUUUUACCACAACCUGAGUGAUGGAUCAAAGGCCAGAAGCGUGAUUUGCAACGAUCCCGAGAUAUCCCUCGUGCCUGUCGGGUUUCCUGUUGACACGUCCAAGCUGCGGAUUGAGAAGACUGCCAUCCAGCAGAUACCAAGCGAAGCCUUCAACUACCUCUCCAGUCUGGAAUUCCUGUGGAUGUCUUUCAACACGCUGUCCGCCUUGAGUCCGGACAGUUUCCGGGGACUGCUCAACCUGGAAGAGCUUCGUCUGGACGGGAAUGCCCUCACCGCCUUUCCCUGGGAAUGUCUCAUGGAUAUGCCCAGUCUCAGACUUCUCGAUUUGCACAACAACCAGCUCACCUCGCUGCCAGCGGAGGCCACCUCUUACAUCAAGAACCUCACCUACCUGGAUCUGUCCAGCAACAGUCUGCUGACGCUGCCGGAAGAGGUGCUGUCCACCUGGCUAGCGGCAAAACCUGUGCAAGGGCCAGAGAGCUCCAAAAUGAUACUUGGUCUCCACGACAACCCCUGGGUGUGUGACUGUCGGCUCUACGACCUGGUCCAGUUCCAGAAGUCCCCGACUCUUUCGGUGGCAUUCAUUGACACAAGGCUCAGGUGUUCAGCUCCAGAGAGUGUAUCAGGGGUCUUGUUCAGUGAUGCAGAGCUGCGGCGUUGUCAGCUCCCACGUAUCCACACAGCUGUGGCACGAGUCCGGAGUGCUGUUGGGAACAAUGUGCUGCUCCGCUGUGGGACCAUUGGAGUCCCCAUCCCAGACCUGUCGUGGCGCAAGGCGGAUGGGCGACUCCUUAAUGGAACAGUCCAGCAGGAAACCUCAAAGGAAGGAAUCACCUGGUCAGUCCUCAGUGUCCCAGCUGUGUCCUAUCGGGAUUCAGGGAAAUACAUCUGCAAGGCCACUAACUACGCAGGGAACGCUGAAGCUGUCAUUUCUCUCGUUGUCUCUAACUCGCCAAAACAAGAGGGGAACCAAACCAGCAACGACAAGAAAGCCAAAGUCAAGAAACCCAACCAGAUGGGCAAAGCUGCCUACCAGGAGAAACUGGUAGCCAGAUAUGUGGUCCCAACCUCCCCCCCUUCAUCCCUGCCUGCCCUGGAUCCAGGCCUUCCACCUGGUCUUGGUCCUGAUCCUGGACUAGCCAGUUACAGCCUGGUUGACAGAGCCACCCCUGGGCCUGCCACCUCCUCCAACCCAGAUGCACUGCUGGAUCUGGAGAAGACUAAUCUAAGCAACCUGGCGGCCAACACGUCGUCACUGCAGCAGGACCCGGACAGGGUGGUCCGCUCUGUAAAGGUGGUGGGGGAUACAGACAAUACAAUUUCUUUGAACUGGAGAGCCCCUAAGGCCAAGAACACAACAGCAUUUAGUGUGCUGUAUGCUGUGUUUGGAGAGAGGGACAUGAGGAAGAUCAAUGUUGGGGCGGGGCAGAACCGUGUCACCAUCGAGGGGCUGGUGCCCAGGACCAAGUAUAUUGCCUGUGUGUGUGUGAGGGGGCUGAUCCCCAAGAAAGAGCAGUGUGUCAUAUUUUCCACCGAUGAAGCAGCCAGUGCCACUGGGACCCAGCGGCUGAUUAACGUGAUUGUGAUCACAGUGGCCUGUAUCAUCGCAGUCCCACUCACUGUCAUCGUGUGCUGUGGGGCUCUGAAGAGACGCAUUCAGAAGUACUGGGGAAAGAAAUCCAAGGACAUCCAAGAUUCAUAUGUGACCUUUGAGACACUGUCGCCUGGCACAAAGGCCAAAGGGCUCGAGGGCGAGUAUUUGAACAGGCUGAACCCAGAAGAGUCCAACAGGCUGCUGUCAGCCCGCUCCAGCCUGGACUCUGAGGCCACAGCUAAGAUAGAGGGACAGCCUAACGAGUACUUCUGCUGACGUCACGCUCCAGCUCCGGCUCCUGCUCCACGCCAUCUUCCCCGCGCUCACCCGCAUCCACGUCCCAGUCCGACCCCUAAUACCCAUUCACAUCCUCAUCACCACCCCCAUCCCCACGUCCACCCACAUCCAUAUCCCCAUCACUACCCGUACUCUCACCCUCAGCAACAUCCUGACGUCAGUCCCCCUCCCACGUGCUCCCGAACGCCCACACCAUGGGAUUCCCCUCCACCUGUCCCUCCUCGCUGGAUCACGCCACCAACUCCACCGCCACAGAGAUCCAACUUCUAUCAAAGGACUUUUGCACGCUGCACUAUAAUGGAAAUAUCAGUUUAGAGGAAUAUUUGACAUUAAUUAACUUGUUUAUUUUUCCAGAUAUUUGUGGAAUAUUUCAUGUUUCUUACAGAUAGAGUGAAGCUCACUGGACUGUCAUACACGUGUCCAUGCGCUGAUUGUAUGGCAACAUUCAAACACACUCACACUCUCAUGUCCAAAAGAAUGUUUUUAUCACAAAGCCUGUAAGAGAAAACAUGUCAAAACCUGAAAGAGCACAACAAUAACAAUUGUAAAUUAUAUUUCAUCUCACUUGCACUGCCCAGCGAAGAAACCUCUGCAACGUGAUCUGACUUAAAGGGAACUCAACGGUCGAUACUCCAUUGUUUAUAUCAUAUAUGUAUGUGUAUGAUUUGUAUAUACUUUAAUGGAUGAUGUACACUUACAUAUACAGUUAAGUCUGUGCCUCUGUAUAUAUCUGUCAUAUGUUCUCAGAGAAGAUAUACACAUAGGCAUGGUUCAACACUCUGGUGUAUGGAGAAAAGCUGGAGCUGGAGAGAAGUACAGAAAGGACUGAACUAUGACAUAAUGUAAAUAGAGUGGAAAUGAUGCAAAAUGAAAUGUUAAACAAUUUUUAUUCCCAGCAAUGAGACACAUACUGAAAUAUCUUUAUGUUCCUGUUUCGUGCCACCUAGAGGCAUCAUUACCCAGUUAAAUGUAGAUCUAUUCAUUCUAAUGAUAUUAUUUGAAUAUAGUUGAAUAAACUUUUAUACAUAUCCA